CACAAGAGCAGAAAGUCCUUGAGAGUCUGUGCACUCUUCCGCCCUGCAGAGGAGGGAGCCGCUGUAGGUAUGGCUCGCAUCAUUGACCUGAUGCCCUGGGACGAUGGCUCCACCCACGUGUACGCCUCCCCAGCCAUCUUGCUUCCGAUGGAGAGACAGCGCUACCAGCUGGCCGGCGUGAAGCAGCAGCUCUACCACCCAGCCCUGCCCACCCUGCGCCGCAUGGACAUGGACACCACCAAGGCCUGCCUCUCGGACGAGCACUGCCAGUCCACUACCUGCUGCUGCAAAGAUGAGUUUGACAAUGCCUACUUCACACUCUUGGGAGUCCCCAACAAACCCCUGCAGUGCUUGGACAUCACAGCCACCGGCCAGAAGCUCCACCGCAGGUACCGCGAGGGCAAGCUGGCGCCCAUCGCGCCAGGCAUCAACCGGAUCGACUGGCCCUGCUUCACGCGUGCCAUCGAGGACUGGUCCCGCUUUGUGUCCUCGGCUGGGGAGUUCAAGUUGCCUUGCCGGGGGAAGAAAGUCGAGAGUUUCAGCGGCUAUGCAGUGCGGUACCUGAAGCCAGAUGUGACCCAGAACUGGCGGUAUUGCCUCAAUCAGAACCCCAGCCUCGACCGCUAUGGACAGAAGCCCCUGCCUUUCGACUCUCUGAAUGCUUUCCGGCGCUUCGGCUCCCACUACAGCCGAAACAAUUACCUGACCCCUUGGCAUUAAUCGGUGAAAAGGAUGCCAAUCAACACCCAAACUCCAGGGCUGUGCCCCUCAGAUCCCCCAGUGGGACAGAGUGCAUGUAUUGGAGCUACCCACU